AUGCUUAUUGCAAAUGUUCGAUCUGUUCGACUUGUUAUGAAUUCUGUUAUGAUUACAAAGUCAAAAAUGCAUCAUAAAUGCCGAAAUAUAGAAAAACCAUAUCUGCGUAGUGAUGUCUAUCGUGUAAAGGUACCGGAUGAUAAAGUUAAAUGGGAAGUUGUUUGGCCUGAAUACGCUCCGAAAGAUUUCACAAGCUCAGGAGCUAUUGGUAAACCCUGGGCAGAUUCAGUUAAUGUCGAAAGUCAGAAAUUCAAAUGGAACGAUGUUGAUGGAUUAAUCGAUCGACGUUCCUAUAUGGGGAAAUAUAAUUUGGAUGGAACUGGGCGACCACUUAAUCCGGUGGGACGAACAGGAUUACGAGGACGUGGAGUUUUGGGCAAGUGGGGACCAAAUCACGCAGCAGAUCCAAUUGUAAGUCGAAUCCACCACGGGCAAUUACAGUUUGUUGGGAUCGCCCGGCGAGAUUCCGGUGAAUGGGCUCUUCCUGGGGGUAUGGUAGAUGCUGGUGAAGAUGUACAAGAAACGUUGAAAAGAGAAUUUACGGAAGAGGCACUGGAUGGUAAAAAGUAUCCGGAAUUGGAUAUGCUUUGGCGUAAAGGUGUGGAGCUGUAUCGUGGUUAUGUGGAUGAUCCACGGAAUACAGAUAAUGCAUGGAUGGAAACAGUUGUGGUUAAUUUUCAUGAUAACGACGGCUACCUAAACAAUGUCACGCUUAGAGCAGGAGAUGAUGCAAUUAAAUUGCGAUGGAUUACCGUUUCACUGGGUCAAAAGCUGUAUGCAUCUCAUGAAGACUUCAUCAAAUUACUUGCUCAACAUCAUGGCAUAUAA